UUGUAAGUUAAUAAAUUUAUCUACGAUGCUUGCAUCUUUUAAGAGAAAAUCGACUAGAUCUUUAUUUGGACUAUAUCGUUGUGUUCAUAACAAACACAUACUUAUUCAGGAAAAUGAUGGAACAAGAGAAAUCACAUUAAUUCAUGAAAAAACGAAGAACUCAUUGUCAAUAGAUAUGAUGAACUAUCUUAUAGAGGCUAUAAAUGAGAAUAAAGAUGAUGUAUCAUUGAGAGCUAUAAUUUUAUCUGCCAAAGGCAAUGUAUUUUCUGCUGGACAUAAUCUCAAAGAACUACAGUCAUCUGCAGGAAUAAAGCAACAUGAAGUAAUAUUCAGGAAAGCUACAGAACUAAUGAAGUCCGUCAUACAAAGUCCUGUACCAAUAAUUGCUAAGGUAAAUGGAUUUGCAGCAGCAGCUGGUUGUCAGUUAGUUGCUACAUGUGAUAUGAUUGUAUGCUCAGAAACAAGCAAAUUCUCAACACCUGGUGCUAAUUUUGGAAUAUUUUGCUCAACUCCAGGUAUAGCUAUUGCAAGAUCAAUCCCUAAAUCACAAACGACGUACAUGCUAUACACAGGUGAACCUAUAACGGCGCAAAAAGCGUAUGAAAUUGGUCUUGUGACGAAAGUGGUACCUGCAGAACAAUUAGACAUAGAAGUUAAUGAAAUCAUAGAAAAAAUUAAACACAAAAGCCGCAGUGUUAUAGCACUGGGAAAAGAAUUCUUCUACAAACAAAUUGACUUAGAUCUUUUAGAAGCCUAUAAAUUGGGUGAGAAAAUAAUGGUAGAAAAUAUAAAUAGUGGCGACGGACAAGAAGGAAUUAAGAGUUUUGCUGAGAAACGAAAACCAAGCUGGAGUCAUAAAUAAAUAUUAAUAUGUUGCAAAACUUUUAAAUUAGUAGAGUAGAAUAAAACAUACUUCAUGUAUGGGUUAAUAAACAUUGUGAAUUUCGCGUUUUUACGCAAAACUGACCCUUGGA